AUGGUCACGCAACAAAAGGUCGCCGUUAAGGUGGAGUCAGCCCAGCAGCCAAAACAAGUUCUCAAAAUGGAAGUGGCUGUUUUGAAGCGACUUCAAGGCAGAGCACACACAUGUCGCUUUAUAGGUUGUGGUCGCAACGAACAGUUCAAUUACAUUGUGAUGAGUUUGCAAGGCAAGAAUCUGGCAGACCUGAGACGUUCAACUAGACGUGGUUGUUUUACUAUAAGUACAACUGUGCGCCUUGCUCGUCAAAUGCUGGUCGCGAUAGAGAAUAUACAUAAUGUGGGCUUUCUUCAUCGGGAUAUCAAGCCAUCCAACUUUGCUUUAGGCACUGGCGUUGGCCCCGGAGCCGUGAAUCCUCGACAUAUUGUGCUCCUCGACUUCGGCUUAGCAAGACAGUACACUACAGCAAAUGGUGAUAUUCGAGCCCCUCGUCAGGUUGCUGGUUUUCGUGGCACUGUGCGAUAUGCUUCUGUUAAUGCACAUUUAAAUAAAGAACUCGGGCGCCAUGACGACUUGUGGUCACUGUAUUAUAUGCUUGGGGAGUUUAUUGUUGGAGAAUUGCCGUGGCGCAAAAUCAAAGACAAAGAACAGGUCGGUCUGAUGAAACAAACAUUCGACCACAACCAACUAUUAAAAUUUAUGCCGCGCGAGUUCCGAUCAUUCUUGGAGCAUAUCCAGAAUUUAACGUAUUUUGAUCGUCCAGACUACAUGUAUCUGCAUUCUUUGCUUAACGCCUACAUGGAGCGGCGGAAAAUUAAUGAAUCUGAUUUGUUCGAUUGGGAAACUGCAACUGACUCCGCUCCUGGUACCGGAGUUAGCGAAACUAACCAGCAUCACACAAAUAUGGCAAUCCAACAGGCUGCUCAAGCAGGCGGAAAUGUCUCGCAGCCGCCUGCUGAAAUUGCAAAGGUGCGAAAGAGCACCGCUGUCUCCGCACUGGGGCACAAUCGACCUCAUGCUGUUGGGGCGACUGGUGCAGGUCUUGUGGGUUCCAGUGGAUAUAUAAGUGCUGCUAGGUUGGCUGGAAGUAGCUCAAAUUUAGCACUCGCUGCUCCGGGUGUCACCACCUCUGUUGGCAACGUUGGGAAAUCUUUCGAUGGAGGUUCGAACAGUGCGGUUCCUCGCGUCGCGUGCAAUUUUACCUACCCUCACCGACUGAUGACCGAGGAUCUCAUCGUUAAUCACAAUGUGCAGCAACAGCAGAGUAACAAUACGCCGAGAAAACUUUACCCAACUUCCGGUCUUCGAUGUCAUCGUCCGGCCACAACACCCCGUCUGGUGAAAGAAGCUGGAGCUGCUAGGGCCCGCGAAGCCGCCACCAGGGAUUGCUUAAAGAAUGACAAUUUGCAAGUGCCCCAUUCCCAGGCUGUCUGUCUUUCUCCAUCUAGGGGUGGCAACACAGACUCUGGUGGUCAACCAACGGAGGCGUCUAUUCAUAAUAACCACCGUGUUUUAGAUGGUAAUCGGCUGCAACCAUCAUCAACUGGUUGCGCUUCUAAUUCUAAUAAACGUCGUCCUAUUAGCGCCACUGGCUCCCGUUUACGUAACAGCAUGGGUGCAAUGGGCAGCACAGCCAGCGUCGUUGGUCUAGGUUCUGGCACACGGGGUGACACCAGUUGCACGCAUGCAGUUAUCGUAAUGGUAGAUCAAGGUGAGAACAGCAACUACCACGAUAUGACCAAGGCUGCCCCCCUUACCCUCGCCAGUCAUUGGGUGGCUGCUGGAGAAGACGAGUAUUCCGAAUUGUCCGAAAACGAUGUGAUCCCUGCAUUGGGACAGAUGCACGCGAAUUCACAUUCCAGUCCAUCCGAGAUCGAACGCGCUGACGUGGAGCAUGUUAACCUCACUUCUAACUAUAAAAGCGGGAUGGAAGACGUUCGUAGACCAAGUGAUACGGGACACAGUGUGCCUGAUAACAAAGGAACAAAAAUCAUACCCGAAGUUGGGAACAGCAAUAAUAACUACUUUUGUGUCCACGAUGCCGACGGCCGUCGUCCAACUAUUGCUCCAGCGGCGGAUACUAACCUUUUCUCCGAAAGCCAGUCUUCCAAUGCUAAUUCGGCUCAGUCUUCAGGGAGCCCGGUGCAUAAUUCGACUAACUCCGGUUCUCGUUUAGUACCGUCUCACCGGCUUAACGCCACCAAUAAAAGAGAGCGACGUCAAGGUACUGUUGCUUGCUCUGGCGUGGCCCGCAAGUUAUCAUCUGGCUUUCGCCGACCACACACAAGGCCUGAGUCGAAAUUAGUGGUACUCCCUUCCGUUCACUCGAGCAACUUGGAGCAUUGUAACGCUCCACGCAUUCAACCAAGUUAUACUGGCUCACACUGGAAUCUGUCGCGUUAUGCUACUGAAGACGCUCAGCCGCCGACUCCGUUCGACAAGUUACCCAAUAAGCUUUCUCCUAAUUCCAACCAAAGAAACGGUCCGACAGAUUGUUCCGAUAAGUGCGAUGCUCAUAGCCCUCGACAUGAAACCAACGCAUGGUGUCACAGGGUAUCUGUACCAAGUGAUACGAACCAUGAAGAGCAUGAAGAUAAUGAUGAAAGAUCAAGCAAUGAGCUUCCCAACGACAGGCCGCUAAUCUACCCUCAAUUUUCUUCCCGAGGCACCUUAGCAAUGGGUGCUCGAUUCCCAACUCCUCCUAGGUUAUCUCAGCUCGGCAACGUGUGCCAACCCGUCAACGGUGCUUCUCCGUCGCAGGAUGAUAACCAUGGUUUUGAUCGUUCUCCUACCCUCCCAUUGGCUUAUUCCUCAUCACCGGUAUAUAUUUUCACUGGUAGAAAUGAGCAUUUUGGGCCAAACUUGCGGGUCCAUUCCGAUGAGCAAGAACAAGAAAAUGAUCUUUUGCCAACUCGUCGAGGUUCAAACUACUUCUCUGUUCAUGGCUUUGAUGGACCUUGUCGAAUGCAGCCUCAGUUUCACCCUCCUCCGCUUCUCAGUUCUGGCCGUGUUGAGCAGUACAGUACUUAUCGAUCACGUCCCGUCAUCCACAAACCGCGAACCAAUCGCACCCCGGACCUCUCGCAUGUUCAAAAGACAGUGCACGUCAGUCCCGAGCCAUUCAACAACCCAUCAUUUUCAAAAUCCGAGCAUAAUUUGUUUCUUUACGGUGACGACAUAUCUGGUGGCGAGGAUGAUUUGUGCUUAUCUGUAAAAGAAGAUGAGGGAUAUUUGCAUACCACCGAUGAAUCUGUGUCGUCCCCAUCAUCUGGCGUCAGAAAAGAUAAGUUAUCUUACGGCAUGUUAGGAUGCAUUGUUUCGCACCAGACACAUAGAGAACGCUUGAUCCCAGCUGAACAACUCUUCUACAACUCGACUGUGCAACUAAAACAAGGUUUGGAACAUCGCCUACGUUCUUUCACCUGA